CAGGCGGUUCAAUGAGCUCUUUGUGGAGGGUUGAGGUAUGCAGUGAAAGUGUGUGUGUGAGAGAACGAAAGAGAGUUUACUUGUUCUGUUAGUACCUAGCGGAUUUACCUAGCAGACUGGGCACAGCUUGGUUAAAGGUGUGUGUGUGAGAACGGAAUUACAACAGAGGAAAAAAAAGGAGAAAGGUGUGUGAAGACAAGAAGACAAACUUUAAGCAGAAAAAAGGGCGAUGCUCAGUGAGUGGUUUUGGUGGGACCGGCUGUGGUUGCCGAGGCCAGUGACGUGGGCGGAUCUACAGGAUGGUGAGGGGUGUGUCUACGCUCGUGCAUCCCACUUGUACAUAAUUCUACCUGUAGCAGUGCUGCUGCUCGGCUUAAGAGCAUUAUAUGAAAGGCUAAUCGCAGUGCCACUCGCUCAGGCUCUUGGGGUUAAAGACAAAAUUCGCAAGAGAGCGUCACACAACCCACUACUGGAAACAUACUACAGAACACACUCUAAACACCCAACACAGGCGGAUGUAAAAGGUGUGUGUAAAAAGCUGGGCUGGUCAGAAAGGCAGGUGGAGCGUUGGUUCCGCCGGAGGAGGAAUCAAGACAGACCCGGAGUACAAAAGAAAUUCAAAGAAGCCAGCUGGCGGUUUGCCUUUUAUCUGUGCUCGUCUUUUGGAGGAGUGCUGGCUCUAUAUGAUAAACCGUGGUUUUAUGAUCUACGUGAAGUGUGGGCAGGAUUUCCCAAACAAUCACUGCUGGACUCUCAAUAUUGGUAUUACAUCACUGAGAUGAGUUUUUAUGGUUCUUUACUGUUCAGCGUGGCUGCAGAUGUAAAACGGAAGGAUUUUAAGGAGCAGUUAGUGCAUCAUUGGGCCACUUUAACACUCCUGUCCUUCUCAUGGUGUGCCAACUACAUCCGCAUUGGCACCCUGGUAAUGCUGGUGCACGACACAUCUGAUGUCCUGCUCGAGUCUGCUAAAAUGUUCAAUUACGCCAGAUGGGAGACGACCUGUAACAGUGUCUUUGUGGUGUUCGCGCUGGUCUUCAUGGUAACCAGACUAAUUAUCUUCCCUUUCUGGCUGAUUCACUGUACGUGGGUUUAUCCUCUGGACCAGUUUGAACCCUUUUUCGGCUAUUACUUCUUUAACGCCAUGCUUACGGUGCUGCUGUUUUUGCACGUGUUCUGGGCCUCCCUCAUCCUCCGCAUGGUCAAAAAGUUUCUCUUUGGGAAUCUGAAGGGUGAUGAGCGCAGUGAUGAGGAGGAGGAUGAGGGAUCUGAGGAAGAAUACACACAUGCAUACACUAAUGGAUCUGGGAAUGGACUGUCUAAUGGCCAUUGAUAGAAAUGGAGAUCUUCCUAAUAUAGACGCAAAUAGCACUUUUGAUGCCAUGCAUGCAUUUAUGUCCAUAUUGGACACCUGAUUCAUCUGUGAACUUUUUGUAUAGCUUUUAUAUUAACGUUUGUACAUGUACAGAUAUUAUGGUAGAAAAUUAAUACAAAUUAUCACUACAGUAAAAAGGCAUUAAGAAAUCAGAUGGAUGCAUGGAUACAGUAGAUCAACAGACACUGGAUGG